AUCAAUGUUGAUGAGGGGAGUGGAACCUCAACCCAGAACAUUAUCAUGAUAGAGCCUGCAGAUGCAGAGGCUGCAGAUCCUGGGGUCAAGCAGGAGAGGUCUGAAGGAGAGGAGGACCCACGGCACAGCAGAGACAACCCAACUGGUGCGGCAGGUGAUCCCCCUGUAGCCACAGAGGACACCGCCCCAGCGCUGCUCAGGUCCCAACGCAGCAUUACGGAGGUCAGUGGAAUGCCGAACACCAUCCUCAAGUCAGAGACCGACACAGAGACUUUAACUGUAACACACAGGCUCUUACACACAGAAUCUGACCACAGAUCAGACCCAGAGAGACAGGGCCUGGGGAGACUGGGCUGUCCUCCUGCCCCUGGCUCGGAGUAUUUACCGGUAUUUCAUCAGAGCCACAGGAUGGUUCAUACCCGUGGGGAUGGCUAUGGUGAUGAGUUAAACAUUGGUGGUGAUGAUCCCUCUUGUUCUUAUGCUACAGAGAUGGACCCUGGCAACAUGCCCUUGGGUUUAGAGAUACAGACUGAUCUGUCUAGAGGGGACUGGAACCGGUACAGUAGUAGUGUACACUCUGAAGGCUGCCUAGAUAAGAAAGAAGAGGUUAUAGUCGUAGAUGAAGUGACUGUGAAAGUGGAGGGUGACGUUCCUCCCACAUGGAAUGCAGAAAGUCACCUCGUAGAGGGACACUCACAGGGCAGAGAUUUCUUAGAUUACAGGGGAAGCUUAGAGACAAAUCUAAAUAUUGCCACCCCCUCCUCUUUACAUGCGUUCAGGGAUCUAGACCCAGUGUCCGCGUCGAUGGGGCCUUCCGAUUCACAUGGAAGCGUCCGUUUCGAUCAGGUAUUUAACUCAAACGACAGGGCUAAAGCCCUGGCUCCGGGAGGGGGAGCCACAUCAGGCAAUGUUAAAGAGAAACGGUUCCUCUGCAUGUUCUGUAACAAAGGCUUCAGCUGCCCCCAGAAGGUGGAGAUCCACCAGAGGGUCCACACAGGGGUGAAAUGCUUCAGUUGUACCCAGUGUCAGAUGCGCUUUGUCCAGGCUGGUGACCUGAAGAGGCACCAGAGAGUCCACACAGGGGAGAAACCCUACAGCUGCCCACAGUGUGAGAAGAGGUUCUCCCGCCAGGACCACCUGAAGAUGCACAUGAAGGUCCACACAGGAGAGAGGCCGUUCGCCUGUACGCACUGCGGGAAGAGGUUCUCAGAAAGGAGAUGCCUCAGGAUACACCAGCAGAAAAACCAUUCCACUCUAUAACAUAGAAAGGAACCAUUCCGCUCGAUAGCUUCUCACAUUUAGAUCAAACCCUGCAUUAAAGACAAAGAUGAAUUUAUUGUUGUCAGCAGAAUGGAUCCACAGAUGAAUUUGGAAUAACGAGGAAAACAGAUUUCAGUGUUGUGUAUUCCUGGAUAGAAUAUGCAUCCAGACAUUGUGUGAUAUACACUACCGCUCAAAAGUUUGGGGUCACUUAGAAAUGUCCUUGUUUUUGAAAGAAAAGCAAAACAAAUUGUCCAUUAAAAUAACAUCAAAUUGAGCAGAAAUACAGUGUAGACAUUGUU